AUCUGCUAAAUUAGGACAGGGAGUCGAAAUGCAGGUUGUCACCCAACCGAUAGCCUUCCCUUCCGGAUAUUCCUCCGACAUCGUUCGUGAGCAACCCAACCCUCCUAUUCCCUUAGUUACGUCGAAAGAGAUAUCAAGCGCUUCUCUACCACCCCCGCGGAGCCUCCAUCCCCAGCCUUUCAACUUGGACGUCCGAUGCGCCCUUGCUCAGAUCUUGCUUUGUGCUCCCGUAUUUCCCUGGACCCCCUCUCCUCCUCAACCUUCGGCUGCUCCCCCCCCUGCUGUUGGGCUGAAAUGGAGCCAACAUUAUCGUACGGCAUGUCGCGUUGGGUCUCUGCCAACCAUCGUCCGAGAGGACUCCCGUCCGUCCCGUCCAUCUGCGAUUGCGGCUCGUUCGGCCUCGGGGCGGUCCAGGUCCGUUCGACUGGGGUCCAUUGAGGUCUGCUGCUCGAUUCCUAGGUCAAAGGACCACGUGAGCCUCAAGGGGACACUUUUAUUAGCACUGGGAGAAGGCUUCGGUACCCGAGAGCUGGCUCCGUUCCCUUCUCCAUCCACAGGAUUUGGCAUCUGGCUGGGCGAGGCCCUGCCGGUUGGCAAGGCGCGGGGGUGCGAUGUAAAGCGCGAGAGUGCGGUAUUAUGAGGGUAAAUCCGCAGAGGUAAAUACUGAUGAUAUGUCGUAGGUGCCGAUUGCAUGUAUUGAUGCCCGUGUUCUCUGAUCGAACAAGUGAAG